AUGGCGCUGGGCCGUGAAGUCGCAGACUUGUUUACGCUGAACAGGCUGCAACGCCCUGCCCAUCUGAUGGAAGAUGGAAACGAUGGGGAUCAAUAUUUGGAGUACGUUAGUGGAGAGGGCGGCACGGGAAAGUCCCGCGUAAUAGACGCAGUAAGGAGAGUACUAGAAGAGAAGAACAAACCGGGUGUAAUCAUGGUCACAGCCACGUCAGGAUCUGCAGCGGCCGAGAUCAGCGGCACUACUAUACACUCCACUCUGGGAAUUGUGCCGACCGGGACCGACGGCAAUGCGGUGGAAAAAGGUGACUCACUCGAGGCGCAUAUCAAGACGCGCAAAAAGCGUGGCGAUGGCAGAGAGUGA